AUGCAAAGAGUCGGAAUUAGAGCGUUUCGGGCCAACGUGGCCGGAUUUACUCCGAAAAGUCUUCAUGCUCCUCUCUUCAAUUCUGCCAUCAGAACGUUUGCCGCCGUUCCAGAUCCGGCAGUCGAGAGGAAAGUCGUCAAUGUCGACCGAGAACUACCUGAUCCGUUUGCAGACAAAAAACUAAACAAAAGAUACUUCUGGGUCUAUGCUGUGGGCGUGACCUUGCUGUGUGCGUUGAUUUUCAACUACGAGAAGACGAGAUCGCCCAUCAUCAACUCUGUUCUCUACUGUUUGCGGAGAUCCGAUGUGGCCAAGGCGGAAUUGGGCCCCAACAUCGGCUUCCAGUCGUCGUGGCCCUGGAUCUGGGGCCCCUUGAACACUGUCCGGGGCGACAUUGACGUUGUGUUUGGUGUCCGGGGCGACAGCGGCGCCGGAAAGUUGCGUUUGAAAGCUUCGAGGACGCUGAAGUUGGUUCCGUUCGACGUGCACCAUUUCACGUUGGAAACGGCCGACGGCACUGUGUUGGACUUGAUGAAGGACCCAACGUUGGACUUUGAGUUGUGA